AUGCCAACAAUGGUUGGCGGGCCCGUCGGUGGAGGUCCGAUGCCCAUGAUGAACAACGUCCUAGCUGCGCAAGUUCAAAGGCCGGAUGGAAACAACCGUACGAACCUCAACACAUACAUCUACGACUACUUCCUACGCGAACGCAUGUAUGAGUGCGCGCGCGCCUUGCUUAACAGCUCUGGGACACUCAACGUGAUCAAGGACAGCCCUGGCCGGCGUAGCGAUGAGAAUGGGAACGGUCUCGGCAAUGGCCUUGGUGACGAUACCAUGGACACCGACAGUAAGGAUGAUUCAGAUUCAAAAACACGGCCCGAUAAUCUUCCCGCGCCGGAUCUACCCAACGGAUCGGACAGUUGUUUCCUCUACGAAUGGUUCUGCCUAUUCUGGGAUAUGAUGUCGGCUCAGCGCAAUAAGUCUGGCAUCCCUCCUCAAGUAGGCCAAUAUGUCAACCACACUCAGCAUCUUCAGCAACAGUCACGGUUGCGACAAAGCCAACAGCAGGAGAUGCUGCGCAAUAUGCGACAGGACAUGUACGGCGGCAAUCCCAUGAUGAGGAGCAUGCAGAACGGCAUGCAGAUGAAUGCGAAGCCAACGAACCUAGCAAGGACAGCUAUGGCCAACAACCAGAACAAUCCACAAGCCAUGCAAAUGCUUCAAGCCGCAAAGCAGAAUCAGAUUCAGAUGCAGCGCGACGGAUCGAACAUGGAUGGCAAUCCGAACCGCCCAGUUUCCCCCGGCUCGGCCGACAAUGCGCCAUCGCCAAGCAAGCGGCCACGUCUGGACGGAUCGGGGCCCUUCAAUCCUCAACAGCCGAACAUGAUGAAUGGACAACGACCACAGCAAGGAAUGCCGGGGCAACAAGUAGGCAACACCAGAGCUGCUGCCAUAGCUCAGCAUAUGCUCACAACCAACGGCAUCGACCCCGCUAAUCUCUCCCCUCAGCAGUUUCAACAUUUCCAGACGCAGCCGCCCCAAGCCCAGGCCAGCUCGAUCAAUGCGUAUUCCCAAACCCUAAAACAACACCAUGGCCAGCAAAUGCCCAACAAGCAAGUGCCUAAUCCUGGUGUUCCACAACAAGGGUCUCCGAUGAUGGCGACAGGCCCAGACGGCGCCGCCGCGCUCGGUGCCUUCUAUAACGCGAAUGACAUGGCCCAAGGCGGUAUGAGGGCCGCAGGACCCGGUGCCGUUGCUCAAGGUGGCGGCAGCAAUCAUGCGCUGCAAGACUAUCAGAUGCAGUUGAUGCUUCUCGAGCAACAGAAUAAGAAGCGACUAAUGAUGGCGAGACAAGAGCAAGACAGCAUGGGUGGCAUCCGGGAAGGCGGCGGGCCCGGACCUGGAGGUCCUCCUGGGCCUCCAGGCCCUAACGGACAACCAUUCCAGGAUACUUCACCUCAGGCGAGACCGGGCGCAUCGCCCAACCCAUCAGAACAGAUGAAGCGCACUCCCCAGAUGAAUCCCGCGGGCAUCCCAUCGCCUCUACCGGAAGGUGGCCAAUCGAGAGGCUCACCUAACGCAAUGAACUUCAUGCAAAACGGCAUGGAUCCCAACAUGCAGCAUCAGUUUUUCAAGGGCAUGAACGGCAUGGAUGGUAAUAUGGUUCCCGCUCCGCAGAUGAAUGGAAUGCGGCCCCCGAAUUCGCAUCCCAACCAACCUUUUAAUGGCCAGAUGAACCCUCAAAUGAUGGCAAGACAGCAGCAAGGGCCCCAGGGUGUUCCACAGCAGAUGCAGUGGCAAGGUCCGAACGGCAAUGGCAUGGCGCCUCAGGGUCCUCAGGGUCCUCAGGGACCGGUGCAAAAUACACCGCAGCAGAGAUCGAUGCCGCCGCCCUCGGCCCCAGCUCCCGCCGGCAACACAAACGGCCGCACAACACAGUCGCCCCAGCAGACCAAUGCUGCCCCGCCUACACCGCAGCAGUCUAACAAGGCAGCACCCAAAAAGAAGGACACGAGCAAAGCCAAGAGCAAGGCUGCCGCUCAGAAGAAGACCCAGAAUGCCGGCGCAACACCGGUAGCCGAAGCUACACAGGAAACAGAGCCUCCUGCGCCUGCCACACCUAUUACUCCUGUCAUCCCCGGCGGUUUCAAGCAAGGGCAGAAUCCAGGUGGUGCGCAGCCCCCAGCUAAUGCUGCAACAUCGGCACCACCUCCUGCGCCUGCUCCAGUGGCUGUCCCACAGCCUGAUCCGUCCCAAAUGAACUUCUCCAGCAUGAACGAUGGCGGUGCAAUUGAUUUCGGGAUGGAUUUCGCCAACCCGCUCACCACGGACAAUGUGCUUCAGGACUUCGAUUUCGACUCGUUUCUGCACGACGGUGAUGGAGAUCCAACCGCGUUCGACUUCACGUCCACAAAUUUCGGAAUGGAAGGGGCCGGCGAAAUCGGAGCCGAGUAG